GGUCGCGAGCUCUGCCCAUUAAUGAGCCGCUUUCGUCACUCACGGAAAAAAACGAAACUGCACGAGCAGCCGACUGUCAGUCUGGUAUGUAAACAAGGUCAGACACAGACUGCAGAACAGAGACCAGACACUUUUAGACCCGGCAGCUUCUCGCUUAAAGAAAGAGGCAAGAGGAAAACCGAAGAGCUUCAACAAAACUCCGCGGAUCCCGGUAAGCUGCAGGACAGGCCAGCCAAAAUGAUGCAGUGUUUUCACUUCAUGGUGGAGCCGGCCAAAAACCUGACGGCCAAGAUCAAGGAUUCGCACAAGAGGGCAAAGAAAGAGAAGAGGGAGCCCCUGGAUGAGGACCAGUUGUUCGUUGUGGAACUGGCUAGAGACAUCGGCCGAGUGUGUCAGAGAUCAGCAAUGCUGGAGCACAUCUGGAACCAAAAUGACAUCUGGCCAACUCCUCUCUGCAGGGCCUUCAUCCUACAGUGGGCCUCCAUGCUGGAAAGCAAGAUGAGACCCAUGCAGACUGAUGGCUGGCCAGAGAUGAAUGAGGGCAAACAGCCCGAUGUGACGAGUGAGAAGGACCUGCAGCAGGCCAAAGCUGUUAUUCUCGAAUGGAUCAAGGAUAUAAGAGCCCAGCCUGAGCAAAGUGUGUGGCCCGGAGAACCAGUGGUGAAGAAUCUGGAGGACGUGCAGUCCGCCUGGCGCUGGGGCCGUGCUCCCAAUCUGCUGACCGCCAUGGAGCUGCUUAUGUGGACUUUAAUGUUACAGCGGCCUGACAAGGACACCAUCCCACAGCAGUGGCUUCUGUGGAAACAGAAGACUCAGAAGAUCGGUGCCAUAUCCUACAUCCCUCAACCAGUGUGGGAUUGGAUUGCAGAUGCUGCAGUGGAGGUGACCCUGGAUCUGGACACGGCCAACCCUGAUCUGCUCAUCUCUACUGAUGAGAAAAGGAUGCGCUGUGGCUUUGAGAGAAAAGAUAUUCCCAACUACCACCAGCGUUUUGACGGUUGGUGGUGUGCCGUUGGAACGGAGGGCUACGGCACUGGUCGCCACUACUGGGAGGUGGAAGUGGGAGAGCGAGACUGGCGGCUGGGCGUUGCUAAAGAGUCGGCCCUGAGGAAAGGUUUUAAGUCGCUGAACACAGAUACGGGGUACCUGACCUUGCGGCUGGAGAGGGGCACUGAGCUUAAGGCGCUGACGGUGCCAUUCACCGCGCUGCCACCCGGCCUGAUCCCCCGCAAGGUGGGCGUCUACCUCGACUAUGACAACAACCAGCUGUCCUUCUAUGAUGUGGACAAACAUUUCCACAUUUACACCUACAACGAGAGCUUCGAUGAGAAGCUUUUCCCACUGUUUGGCACAGUGGAGAUCAUCAAGGAUCUGGUUAUCAGGUCUCCAGCAGCCAAAACCCAGUGUCUGUGCUCCACAUCUUGCAUGUGGGGUUGAGUUUCCCUCCGUGGGCAUUUCCUUUAAAAAAAAACAUCAGUAGACAUCAUAGUGAAGUAUAACAAUCCCAAAUCACAGGGAGGUUGCAAAAGACCUUAAAUGUGCUACUGAAUAGCUUCACUUUGUGACCACUCUCUAUGCUGCUGCUUUAAUGUGAUUGUUGCUUCCAUUUUCUCACUACAGAGUUAUAGUGCAACCCUUUUGCUCACAUACGUGAUGAAAUGCCAUCUAAUGAAAUGCCGUCAUCUUCUUUCAAGAGAAACCUAUAGUGUUAAUGUGAUGUAUUGUGCAUUAUUAAUCCAGCAAUAAAAUGCACUCGUGUGAAUAAUAAAUAAACCAAAUCUAUGUCUUGA